GUGUUACCAUGGCAACCGGUUAUCAACAGGCUGCAGCGGCUGUCGCUGGGUGUAGCAGUAACAGUUAGCCGCAGCGCUGGUUAAGAUGUCUCGAGCUCACGCAGAAAGCGUGAUUAAAAACAUCAUUCGUGAAAUAGUGCAGCAGUGUGCGGUGAGAGGACAUGCGGUGUCGGACACUUUGGCGGCUUUCAUGGUGAAAGCGGUUGUGCUGGACCCGAGGAACGGGUUUAAUGUCGAUCGGACACUGACAAAACAAGACGUCCAGAAACUUGAAGAGCUGUGUCUGGAUAAACUAAUGGAAAAGUGCAGCCCUUCCCUUGACACUAUCAAAAUGCAAGUGUAUUUUGAUAUGAAUUACACCUCCCGAAGUGAGUUUCUUGAGGAAAUCCACCAGGUGGUGGAGUCCAGGCUGAGCCCAGUGAGCAGAGAGAUCACAGACAGCAGGGUGAAAACACGGGAGGAAUUAGAUGCUUUGUACUGUAAAAUCAUCACCUACAUCCUGCUGCGCUCUGGCAUGGGCUCACCUACAGAUGUCAACACUCGGCAAGAGGCUACAGCUGCCCUGCAGAGCGUUUUCCCUCAGACUGAGCUGGGAGCCUUUAUGGUGCUCUUAAAGAGGGACAAGGAGCAGCAGCUCAAAGAGCUCACCAUGAUUGUCACAGGGAUCCGACUCUUCAACAACGCCAGCAACAAGGGAGAAGAGGAGACGGGCCUCCAUGAACUAAUGCCUGCAACUCUUAAUGAAGCUCUUCCAGUCACCAGUAAAAGCAUAGAAAACGAGCUGCAAGCAUCACAGAGUUUGGCAUGGAAAUACACAGCUGUGCUGCAGAAGCUAACGGCCCCUGACAGUCAGCCUGGAGAAUGUGAUGUGCCUGUCGUCCUGCUCAAACAGGCUCUCUACAACGUCAGGCAGCAUGAAGUUUUCCUCAAAAUGUUACUGGCUGAUGCAUGUUUAUGUGCCAAGCACAUUGAAAUCCUGCAAACCGAGCUCUCAUCACAGAUAAAGUUGCUGAAAGAAACUGUGAAGUCGAAGACAGCUGUACCCACUGCAAAGGUUUUUCCACUGUUCAAGGCCCUGUCAAAGCUGAGGUCUGGACUUCAGGAUGAGGCUGAGCUGCUGAACAUCCUCAAUAACAUCAUGCUCAAUUUGCAGCCCUUCGUUGCCUCUCAGGCCAAGAUUUUUUCUGAAGCUUAUUUGGACAGCCUACUGGAAGCGUCAGAGGUGAAGACAGACAAACAGAGAAUGACUGAGUCCUCAGAUGAGCCUAUCGUUCCAGCUGAGAUGAAGGAACAGGAAUGGCUCCUGCCUGAAACAACAACCAGUUUUAAUGAGCUGCUGCUACAGUAUAAUGGAGUCUGUGGCUACACGCUUGUGAACAGAGAUGGGCUCCUUCUUCCAGGUAAUUCACACAUUGGAGUCCUUAAACACAAGGAGAAGCUCUAUGCUUUUAGCUCCAAAGAAGCUGCCUUGAAAUUUGCCUCCAGUCCAGACGACUUCAUUGCAGAGGUGGCAGAGAAAGCCAAGCACUCCCCGGAACUCAUUCAGCUCCUCAGACUCCACCAACAGUUUUCCUGCGUCAGUCCUUACUCUGAGAUGGAGCCAGGAGAGAGUUUACUGGUAAAGCCCAUCACCAAGUGUGAGAGCGGCACACAGACUGACAUCCACCCAGUGGAAUCAAACAUCGUCAAGUCUUACGAGUGGAAUGAGUGGGAGCUGCGAAGAAACGCUAUCAAACUGGCCGAUCUCUUGACUAAAGUGACACAUUCAGCACAGACUGAUCUGAGCCACAUGAGGCGGGAAAACGUCACUCAGACCUGGCUGCCGAAGAACGCUGCCUGCCAAAGCAAGAGAGACGAUGAGAGCAACGUGCCCAAACCUCAGGUUUUCCUGGCAGGUCUGAGGGGACAGAGAGAUGGACACGUGGUCAAAGCCAACCUGACCAGAUCUGUUGAUGAAUAAUCACGCUGUCCAAAAUAAAAUGGAAACAUCUUA